AACCACUGACCCGAUUGCCUUCCCGCUCAGGCGCACCUUGCUAAAAUGAAAAGAGGGCACACAAGAGGUGAGAGGCGGCCGUAGAGAUGGCGACGGCGAGGAGAGGGACGACCUUUGCUGGGGCGAACGUCUUCCUUUCUCGAAGCCUCGUCCCCCCGGAUGUGUUCGAUGCCCUGCACGACGCCCUCAAGCUCAACGGCGCUACCGUCUUCCUCUGCAGCGACCCCUCCCGCACCGCCGCCAACGACUACCACGUCAUAGCCUCCUCUAACCAUGAGAAGUUUGAGAAUCUCCGCGCCAAGGGUUGCAAUCUGCUCGGACCACAAUGCAUUCUAUCCUGUGCCAAAGAAUAUAGGAAUUUGCCCAAACAAGGUUACACCUGUUGCCUUUCCAUGGAUGGGGUCAAAAUUCUUGCUUCUGGAUUUGACAAGGAUGAAAAGAUUCAGAUUGAGCAGCUAGUUACUGCUAUGGGAGGGGUAUUGCAUACAAAGGCAUCUCAGGAUGUCAAUUUUGUCAUAGUAAAGAAUGUAUUGGCUGCUAAGUACAAAUGGGCCUUAAACAUCCUUAAGAAGCCUAUUGUCACAAUGAGCUGGUUAAGGCAAUGCUGGACUGAGCAUCGUGUUGUGCCACAAGAGGCUUAUAGGAUUCUUCCUUUCAGUGGUUUGACUAUCUGCGUAACAAGAAUUCCUGCAGAUGAGAGAAAGGAGAUGGAGAAGCUGAUUAUAGACAAUGGUGGCUCUUAUUCAGCUGAUCUUACCAAAAAGUGCAGUCAUUUAAUUUCAGACUCUCCUCAAGGGGAUAAGUACAUGGUUGCACGACGGUGGGGUUAUAUUCAUAUUGUUACCCACAGAUGGAUUGAUCAAUCUAUUGUGAGAAGAGCUUGUCUAGAUGAAGCUUUGUUCCCUGUUCAAUUAAAUUCUGUUUCUUGCAAUGAUGUGAAACGUUCUCAAAAGGAACGAAGAUGCCAGGAGUUGAGUAAUACGAACUCCCAAACUGUUUCACCACUAAUGUUUGGGGACGUAGAAGCUACGCUGUCACAGAAUGUAUCUUCUUCAUUUUCUGAUGCCACUAAGGUGAAUAAUGAGGGGACUGAUUCAGCAGUGAUACUGAUGAAGGAUGAACAGAAGUUGGACACUUGCAUCAUUGAUGACUUAGAGUCAGAUGAUUAUGACCUUUAUUUGUCAGAUUGCAGAAUUUCACUUGUGGGUUUCUCUGAGGCUGAACUAAGCAAACUUCUAAAUAUGAUAAUUAAGGGUGGGGGCACUCGGCAUAUGUCACUUAGUGAGAAACUGACUCACAUAAUCAUUGGUGAACCUUCAGAUAGUGAAAAGAAAGAGGUAAGACACUUAGCUGCUUGUGGUGUCAUCAAUGUGGUAAAAGCUACUUGGCUUGAGGAGUGUAAUAAAACAAAGGAAGCACUCCCUAUAAGCACAAGACACCUAGCAUCUGAACUAAUUUUUUCAAAAGAUUCCACAUGCUAUGCCACUGAGUCAUCUACUGCCAAGGUGGAAAAUUUUGCUGCCAUUCCUUCUGUAUCAGCCAGUCAUCAUUCAGAUAAAUUCAGAGCAGAGUUAUUUUCAGAGAAGAGAACCAAAAAUAAUGUAAAUGGAAGCCUUUCGAAAAUAGCGAUUAAUGCUGAAAUAUCAAACCCAUGUUCUGCUGGAAAAAGUUUGAGUCAGGGAAUUCAGAAACAUGGCCCCUAUUCCAGAAAUUUGGGUACUCAAAUUAGAGGACCAUCAAACACUUUUAAAGGGAAACAUUUCUGUUUCUCAAGUUCUUUUCCUCAAGAACGGAGGGCUGAGAUUAUUGAAUGGGUCAUGGAAGGAGGAGGUACCAUGAUAAACGAUCAAUCUAAGAUGAAUGCAAAUUAUAUGAUUGAGUGUCACGGUAUCGUGCAUGCUCCUGUUGAUUGUUCUCAGAUUGUGGUUUCAACUCAUUGGAUACGCUCUUGUUUGGAGGAUGCACACAUCCAAGAUGUUGGAAGCCAUAUUAUCUACUCUCCAUUGCGGUGUCACAUUCCGCUAUCUGGAUUUGAAAGCCUUCGAUUUUGUGUCUCACAGUAUGAAGAGAAAGAAAGACUUUUGUUAAGAAACUUGUGCUUUACGCUGGGGGCUAAAUUUACUGAGAAAUUGACUAAAAAAGUCACACAUUUAUUGUGUAAGUUUGCCACUGGACCAAAAUAUGAGGCUGCUUGUAGGUGGGGAAUUCAAUCCAUCACUUUUGAUUGGAUUAAAGAGUGCAUUUUUCAGGAUAUGAUUAUUAGUCUUGAUCCAUUUCGGCCUAAACCUGUAAGUGAUGAGGAUUUGGAAGCAGGUUUAUGCACUCUGAGUCAGUACCCUACACAGUCACAGACAGCUCAGAUUUCUGGGAUUCCAUCUCAGCUGGUGAGUGAGUCUUUGGAGUCAAAAAAGAACACAACCAAAAGGGCAGGAUUCUCAUAUGAAGGCCUUUGCGAAAAGGAUGUUGGAAUAUGUAGGAAAAGUUUACGAUUAUCGGAAUGUCGUACGAAUACUGAUGCAGCAAAGAAAAAUAGAAUACCUGAAAAUUCCUUGAUUAGUAAUGAUAAAACAGUUCCUGAUUUUGCAGAUGCUAUUGAAUAUCUACUGGCUCAGUCACCAAAUAUCCAGGAUAUGAAGUCACCUCAGCAAUCUGGUUGUGGACAAGGAAUGUUUUCAUCUGACCAUUCUAUAAUUUGCAAAGGUAAUGAAAGUUCAAGCUCCACUUUUGGUGUUUCAAAACAUUGGAUGAACAAGACUGCUGAUGUCAUGGCUUCUGCUGCUUCGUCUCAUGAAAAAGUUAAUGGCAAUUAUGCUUUUAGUGAGACACAAACAGAUUCACAGGUCGUUGUGUAUGAAGAUGAUCUAUCAGGAAGGCAGAAGAUAAUCGACAGAGUUAAAUCACAGAGUAUGAAUUUGACUCCGGACGGAUCAAAUCAAUUGUAAUUUGUGUUUUGGGGAUCAUUUUAAGUAUUCCUUACAAUAUAAGAAAUACUUGAGGCGUCACAGCAGGGUCACAUUCUUGUGGGGAUGUCAGCAUUGGUUCAUGAUGCAUUUUCCAAAUUGUCAUCAAGAUUAUGACGCCAAAUAUGUGCUGCAUUUGACAAUAUCUAGCACCCGUGCUUAUGUUUGGAUAGUGUUUCAUUGUUUAGCUUGAUGAUGUUGAAGUCCCUGGAAAUGUUGUUUGGAUUUGUUAGGAUCAACCACGAUGAUGCUACUUUGUUCUUGAUUCUGUUAGGAUUUCAUUGGUUGGACUAGACAAUUGAGAUUGUAGACCACUUCUUUUCAUUUCUUGGAGUCCUGCAGACCUAAAAGCAAAGCACAUUUGAUCGGUUAUUGGAGCUGGAUUGGAUUAAAUUAUGUCGAGA